CGUGGUCUAGGCCCAAUCUCCCGCCCGGAACAGUCGUUUGUCAACACCGUGCUGCUGCUCACACUCAGUCGUGUACUCGUGUCUUUGUGUCUCUCCUUCACCAUCUUUUAGUUGUUAAAACAAUCCAGAAUGGCUGAACACAAGGAAGAGUCCGAGCUCCACGAUGCUGCCGUCAGUGAGGAGGAGCUGGAGAAAGCUUUGUGUGUUCUGGCAGGAAGCGACCCAGAAAACUGCUCAUAUUCCCGGGGCUAUGUGAAGAGACAGGCUGUGUUUGCCUGCAACACCUGCACCCCCAGUGCUGCAGAGCCUGCUGGGAUAUGUCUGGCUUGUGCCAAUAAGUGCCACGAUGGACAUGAUAUCUUUGAACUAUACACCAAAAGAAAUUUUCGCUGUGAUUGCGGGAAUAGCAAGUUUGGGGAUUUCCAGUGUCAACUGAUGACUGCCAAGGACGAGGAAAAUGUCAGGAAUCACUACAACCACAACUUCAGUGGCUUCUACUGCACAUGUGAUCGGCCGUACCCAGACACAGACGAUCAGGUCAACGAAGAGAUGAUUCAGUGUGUUGUCUGUGAGGACUGGUUUCAUAGCAGGCACCUGGGCUGCACUGUAGUGGAACCGGAUGACCUGCAGGAGAUGGUGUGUGAGGCGUGCAUGAACAAGGCUCCUUUUUUAUGGACGUACGCCGCUGACUUUGCAGUGCCACCGGUGAUCAGCGUCAGUCAUCCUGAGGAGGGGGAGGUGGAGGUGGAGGUCGACGUUGAGGAACAAGGAGACAAAGAGGAAUCCAGGCAAAGUGGGGAUGAAGCUACAACCAGUGUUGAGGACACAAAGCAGGAGGAAGCGGAGAACCAGGGCUCCCCGGGCAAACGGACCCAUGAGCAAAUGACUGGCAGCCCUGGAAAGGCCACGACCAAAUCUGAGGCAUGUAGGCUGAAGAAGCUGCAGGACCAGGGGCGGGAGAGGCUGAGACAGGGAGCAGUGUUCUGGCCAUACAGCUGGCGCUCUGAGCUUUGCACCUGCACAAGCUGCAAGAGGGCCUACGUGGCUGCUGAGGUGCAGUUCCUCAUGGAUCAGUCCGACACCAUUCUGGCCUACGAGAACAAAGGUUUGGAUGAGCCGUUUGGCCAGCACCCGCUAAUGGCACUGACAAGCUCGAUGGACCGUGUGCAGCAGCUGGAGAUUAUUUACGGUUUCAAUGAGCUGACGACUUCGAUCAGUGCGUUUUUACACCAGUGUGUUGCUGAAGGAAAGACGCUCACUGUCGAAGCCGUGCAUCAGUUCUUUGAUGAGCUGCGUGCGAGAAAAAGACGCAGAACCAACGCAGGAUACCAGUAACAAGGCAGCCACAAUGCAAACAUCAUAUGCCAGGUUCAUGUGGAGCUUUUUAAUGGAGGAAUGAAUGUGUCAUGUGGAAAACAACCCUUCUUUCUUUUAAUAAAGGGCUUUUGCUGCAACCCACUUUAUCCUUAAGCUUGAACAAAUAGUGCAAAGAGAACUGAUUUCCAGUCACUGUUGUAAUAUGCUUUAUCUCAUUACUAAGUGAAGAUUGUACAUUUUCAUGUCCAGUUGUUUUGAUUGAUUGUGAUGCCUUAACUUUGAAGCUUGUGAUGAAACUUUUACUUGAAGCAUUGGUUUUGAAUGUGCAUCUUUAUGAACAAAAGAUUUUGUUUCAGCAAUACGCUUUGAAAAACAGCAUGUGUGGGUUAUGAGAGUAUUUCACAUGAUGCUGCCAUGUACAUUCUUGAGAACACGUCCAUGCAUUUAGACUGAGCUACAAACCGGUGUGUUUACAUUGAGGUUUUAGGUGAAGAGGUUCAAACCGACAAGUUAAAACCAUAGACUGUUCAUAAAGAUGGAUGGCAUGACAGCUCUCAGAAAUUGAAGCCAAAGUGCAUCAAUUGCCACCUGGUGGCUGACUGCAGUAUGGGCCAUAAACCCUGAUGUGUGAUAGUGGAUGGGACAUAGGCCAAAAGUCAAAAAGUAACAUUUAUUUUCCCAAAGAUGGUUUCUGUUAUUACCUCUGCCAAGGUUAUGUUUUCAUCUGUGUUUGUUAAUUUGCAGGAUUGUACGAAAACUGCUGGAGGGAUUAUCAGAAACUUUGAGGGGUGUGGUAUGAGUUCUGAUUCAGACCCAUAACGCAUCAAUCAUUUUCAAAUGUAUUUUUGUUGAUUUCUCAGAAUAAUUCAGAAAAAAAUCUGAUGUUUAGGGGCCUGAGUGUGUGCAAUUUGGUGCAGAUCCAACUAAAAUCCUGAUAUUACCAUUCUAGUUUUAUGAUGUGUGCCCAAGUGAUAAUUUUACCAAUAUGUUGGUUUUAAUUAGUUAUUUGAUGCAAUAAAUUCAGGGCGAUGUUAA